CUCCGAUCGCACGCAGCUUCCUGAAAAGUAGCACCACACGAUCUCCGCCCUCCCCACCGUCCCUCGCUCCACCGCCGAACAGCUCGCCUACACUUCUUGGCAUCUUCCACACCGGUCUUGCUCCCAUCGCCACACGACGAGUCGCGUGGCCAGCACACAUCGGAGCAAGCCACAAAGCCGAAGUUCAAUCGACUCCGCUGCGGAAUACAACGACAAGACUGCGCCGACGAACGCUUCCCAUAUCCCGCGCUCCUACGCCCGAUCGCCCACCAUGGACGGCCAGGCCUCUCAGGAGCAGCACAUUGACAAUGCUGUUCGCAAGAUGCAGGAGAAGAAGCAAAUCCCAGAAAUUGACUUCACGCUCCACACAAUGGAGGAUGGGACACAAGUGAGCACGCAGGAGCGAGUAUGCAAAGACGUGCAAGCGCCCGCUUUCAACGUGCCCACCGAAGACCAGAUCGUUUCUCCACAGGAUCCUUCGAAACCUAAUCUCGCGUUCUUGAAGCAGCAUUUAUACCGAGAAGGUCGCCUCACAGAAGAGCAAGCGUUAUGGAUCAUCAAUGGAGGAACCGCGGUGCUGCGCGCAGAGCCGAACUUGCUUGAGAUGGAUGCGCCAAUCACUGUGUGCGGAGACAUUCAUGGCCAGUACUUUGACCUGAUGAAGCUGUUCGAGGUUGGUGGUGACCCAGCCGAGACCCGAUAUUUGUUCUUGGGCGACUACGUGGACCGUGGAUACUUCUCGAUCGAGUGCGUUCUUUACCUGUGGGCGCUCAAGAUGUGGUACCCGAACACCCUCUGGCUGCUCCGCGGCAACCACGAGUGCCGCCAUUUGACAGAUUACUUCACGUUCAAGCUUGAGUGCAAGCACAAGUACAGCGAAAAGGUCUACGAGGCAUGCAUGGAGUCGUUCUGCUCUUUGCCUUUGGCGGCGGUCAUGAACAAGCAGUUCCUCUGCAUUCACGGUGGUCUCAGCCCGGAAUUGCACACCUUGGAGGACAUCAAGGCGCUCGACAGGUUCAGAGAGCCACCGACUCACGGCCUCAUGUGCGACAUUCUUUGGGCCGAUCCAUUGGAAGAAUUUGGUCAGGAAAAGACUCAGGAAUACUUCAUCCACAACCACGUCCGAGGGUGCUCAUAUUUCUUCAGCUAUCCAGCCGCGUGCGCAUUCUUGGAGAAGAACAAUCUGCUUUCGAUCAUCCGAGCACACGAGGCGCAAGAUGCUGGGUACAGAAUGUACAGGAAGACUCGCACCACUGGAUUUCCCUCCGUCAUGACCAUAUUCUCUGCACCGAAUUAUCUGGACGUCUACAACAACAAGGCUGCGGUAUUGAAGUACGAGAAUAAUGUCAUGAAUAUCCGACAGUUCAACUGCACUCCCCACCCAUACUGGCUGCCAAACUUCAUGGACGUCUUUACGUGGUCUCUUCCCUUCGUUGGUGAGAAGAUCACAGACAUGCUCAUUGCGAUUCUCAACACAUGCAGCAAGGAGGAACUUGAGGACGAGACACCGCUUUCGUCUGGUCCAUCUUCGCCGCCACUCAACUCGCCGACCAAUCAGCUCAACAUGGAUCCUGACAGUAUCGAGUACAAGCGCCGUGCCAUCAAGAACAAAAUCCUGGCCAUUGGCAGAUUGUCUCGCGUUUUUCAAGUCUUGCGUGAAGAGUCUGAGCGGGUCACCGAGCUCAAGACGGCUUCCGGAGGAAGACUGCCCGCUGGCACGCUCAUGCUCGGCGCGGAGGGUAUCAAGCAAGCCAUCACAUCAUUCGAAGAUGCUCGCAAGGUUGAUCUGCAGAAUGAGCGUCUCCCACCAAGCCACGAGGAGGUCCGAAGAAGCGCAGAACACUCGAGAGAUGAGGCUCUCAAGCGCGCUUCGAGAGAAGCCGAGAACGAUACGCAGCUCGCAGGUGUGGCGCGGAGAAUAUCAAUGUGA